AAAAAGCAAAUGACAAGUAGCUGUUCGUGGUUUGAGUCACUGAAGAUGGCUAUAUUGCGUGGCAUCCAGUAACUGGACUUCAGCUGCUAUAUUAGUAGCUUGAUUGAAUGAUUGAAGGCAGAUAGCAUUUUUAACUUGCCAGCAAGGACACAUCAGGCAUCUCUAGAUGUACAGCUGCAGAUAGCAGUAGUUUCAAAUAUUUUUGAGCUUAUGAGAAGCCGGCUAGACAGGGUAGUUUAAUUCAUACCAUGAAUCCCAGAGAAAGUGUGGAUGUAAUGGAGACUCAGGCAGGAGGUCAGAAGGAGAAGUUGAGCGGAGACAAAGCCAACCCUAAAAAUGAAAUUGAGGCUGAGGAUGACAAAACUCCUGGGAGUUAUGACUGCAACAUCUGUGGACGCAGCUUCCCUUUCCUUAGCUCUUUGUCGCAGCACAUGAGACGUCACACGGGUGCGCGUCCUUACAAAUGCCCAUACUGUGACCACAGAGCCUCGCAGAAGGGCAACCUCAAAGUCCACAUCCGCAGCCACAAACUGGGCACGCUGUCUAGUCACCACUCCAAUGAGGAUGAAGAGGUUGGAGCUGAGGAGGAGGAGAUGAGGGUUUCAGAGGGUCUCGAUGGAGGCACCAGCCCAACCAAGAGCAGCUCUGCCUGUAACCGGAUGAUAAAUGGGGACAGCAGUGAGGAAACUCGCAGAAAAGUGCCUGUGAGGAGCAUGAAAAGGGAAAAGUCUGUCACUGAGCAGCGGCCUUACUGUUGCCGUUUGUGCGGCUACGAGGCCCAGCGGGAAGACCAGCUCCUCAGCCACAUUGAGAAGGUCCACAUAACAGCGGACACAGAAGAGGAGACCACUGUUAAGGAAGAGCCUGCGGCUGAAUCUGAUGCCAUCCAGCCCCAGAGUGAUGGGACCUUCCCUUGUGAGACCUGUGGCCAGGUCUUCUCCCAAGCCUGGUUUUUGAAGUCGCACAUGAAGAAACACGCAGGGAUUCUGGAUCACUGCUGUCGCAUUUGCGGGAGACGUUUCCGUGAAGCGUGGUUUCUCAAAUCUCACAUGAAAACACACAACACCAAAUCCAGGUCACGGUCAAAAACAGAUUCAACUGAGCAUCCGGCCACCAUCAACGAUGUAGCCCAGGAUCCUGAUAUUGUCACUGGCUCUGUUACUUCUGUCUAUCAGAUGUGCUCCAAAUGUGGAAACCUGUUUCACAGCAAAGAGAGCCUGAGAGCCCACGAUAAAGUUCACUGUCUCAGCUACAGCAGGAAGUCGCUGAGCCAGUGGAGGCCCAGUGAUGACGAGGAUUCACCAGCUGCUAAGAAACGUUUCCUUGACUACUUAAAUCUCCAGCCUUUCGAGGGAAAGAACCAGGAUGAAGAGGAGGAAAGUGUGGAAAAGAUACUAGGUCAAAGAAUCCCAGAGCUAGAUCCAGUUUGCAGCUACCAGGCCUGGCAAUUAGCCACUAAAGGAAGGGUUGUGGAGCCAGUAGAGUCUAGUUACAAGGCCUCCUGCGGGGGAGGAGGCAUUGGAGAAGAAGCCCUUGCUGGAGCUGCUGUGGUUUUCGAGAAGGAGAGCAGCCGCUAUGUCCUGCAAGGUCAAGAGAAACGCAGCUCAGGCAGACGCAGCAGCUCCGGUUUGGGAAGCCACACCUCUUCAGGGGACCGGACACCAGACAGCCUCAGCGAUUCCGAGUACCGGCCUUCAUCUCGCCAGGACAGAAGGCGGCCAUCUCAGUCACAAGCUUCUUCCUCCAAGUCCAACGAGUGCUUCGAGUGCGGCAAGGUGUUCCGCAGUCGUCACCAGAUGAUCGUCCACCAGCGGGUUCACAGGAAGGAUGGAGGCAGGGCCUCUGUAGGAGACAAGGAAAGAACUGCAAGAGAUGACCGAUGGGGCUCCACCAGCGAUCCAGAGUCAGGCUCCCCGAGCUGGCCCAGCACCCCAGGGUAUGGAGACUCUCCACCAGCCUCCACACUUGGAGACCAGGCCUCAGAGAUGGGUACAUCAAACUCUGGAGAGCUUUCAGAUGAGAAGCCUUACAUCUGCAGCAUGUGUGACUUUGUCGCCACAGAUUCACAGGCCUAUUUAACUCAUGUUCGUGUCCAACACCCACCUGCCUCCAAAGAUAGAUCCAACGCCAUUCCCAGUCCCAGCUUGGACAGAGGAACUCCCAGUGGUAACACCAAGCUCAAGAAAGCCCUUCUACAGGGAGUAAACAGCUCUGCAUCCCCUCCUGGCUGCCUUUCAGCUCAGUCCACUUCACUUGAUCCCGGCAUAGCACCUUUGGAUCUAUGCAUCAGGGCUGAGGGCAUCAGGGCUAUAGCCUGUUCAGCCUUGGACAAGAAAAGCCUCCCCAGCCACAAGUGCUCCUUCUGCUCUCACUCCACCCGCUACCCUGAGGUGCUCUGGAUGCACCAGACUGUGGCGCACCGCAUUAACAGCAGUAGUUCCAAUCUGGCUCCUAAAUGGGCUCUUAAAAUGAACUUAAAAGGCCCCAAAGACAGUUUGUUAUCCUCCAGGAGACGCACUGGACCUCCACCAAUCCUGGAAGGGAAGGAGUGUCAACCCCUCCCUUCACUGAUGCGCACCCAACGUACACGGCCUCCAGUGUGCUCUAGUGAGGUUCUAAAGAAGAGUAGGCCUGCUAGUUAUGCAGCCACACCAUCAUCAUCCUCUGUCCCCUGCCCCUCGUCCUCAAGGGGCUCCUCAUCUAGCUCAGGCACCCAAGCUGGGAGAGUCCCUGUACGACCAGGCAGCAGUAACAUCAGACACACGGAGGACCAGACUCAUCAGUCACGCUCCAGACCCAAAGUGGAAGUGUACCCCCGGGGAAGCUCGUUGUCAUCCUCUGGCUCCUUGGAGAAGAACACUGGCACCCUCUUACGUUCCUCAGCCCCAAGCGCCGGCUCUGCCACAGCUUCCAGAGCUGACCGCUGCUCGAUGCCCCCGGAGGGACUGGGUUUCGUGCUGUCCAGCAAACACGGCCUAGCAGAGUACAGCCGAGCUAGGGGCUCCCCUCAUCAGCCGCUUCCUAAUUCCCACAGUCAGGGUCGGGCUAACACUACAAGACCCAGUACCAUUACCCAUUGUUCAGCUACAGGACACAAUUUUGGUGCAUCGCAGGCACAGGGAGGCGCUUCUCAGAGUUCGUCCACUCCCUCCUCAUCCUCUUCUUCAUUACCUUCAGAAGCUCGUGGGGAGGUAAAGCAGGAGCCGUUCACAGAGACACCGGAGACGCCCACUGACGUCCUUGGCUUCCUCAAAAACUACAGCCCUCAUGAACUGGCUACCCUGUACCACCGCUGGGGUGCAGCUAACGCCCUGGUGGAUCCAACUGGGAUGCUGAGGUCUCUCAUGCGGCAUGGACAGUAUUUCUGCAAUGAGUGUGGGAAGAGUUUCAGUCAGCCCAGCCACCUGCGGACUCAUAUGAGAUCCCAUACAGGGGAAAGGCCAUUCUGUUGCCAACUCUGCCCAUACCGAGCCUCUCAGAAAGGGAACCUAAAGACACAUGUCCAGAGUGUCCACCAUAUGCCUUUUGACAACAGCCAGUACCAAGACAUGAGGAGCUUGUUACUGAGCCAGGGGGAGCGAGGAGGACUGGCUUCAAAAUACCCACCAAACCCACAACAGCAACAGUAAACGUCUUCAACUGAUAGACCACGACCCGGACCAGUCUAGUCACAGAAUCACACAAUCCCAAAGCCAUGUCACCGUUCCUGAAAAUCCAAGAUCUGGACCCAAGAACCGAUGACUUAUGAUUCACUUUUUUGAGCUUUUCCUCCUCACCAUCACCCUUUAAUGACAUAGAAUUUUUUAUAGUGAAGGUUAUUGUAGUUUUUUAUUUGUAAACAAGCUUGUCGAAGUUGUGCUAGAAAAUUAUAAAAUCACAGAGACGGCCUGGAGCAGAAAGAGUCUUUUUAUAGAAAUGAAUUCUGGUGAAAUUCUGCUUUAAGAGGUUCUGUGUGUCAGGUGUGCACACAGGUGGGAAAUUCUGUCACCACAGAACAAAUGAGGAGUGAAUUAUAACGCGUCUCUUUGGCAGGGAGGCUGAACUCUCCAACAUUCAGUCUUCUUUAUCAUGAAGGUUGGCAUAACCUUAAAUGAUUUCUGAACACAGAAGCCCUAAAAUUUCAGAGAGUUAGCCCUUGCUGCCAUUUUGGAGUUACCAACGAGUAAAGUUCCUGCGAGCAGCUUUGCAGGAAAAGUACAGGAACUCAAACAGCAAGAGCUGAUAUUGUGAUCAAGGACUGUGGCAUUGCAUGGCUGCUGUUGAUGCCCCCACAAACCCUUUUUUUUUUUUUUCUUUUUAGCUUUAUUGUAUGUGAGAUUUUCUGCAUUUCUCAGGACACCAAUCAUCAACCCACAGCAAGAGAAGAGAGCUCUGUGGUUCAUCAACAACUGGCACAUAGCAAGUUAGUCUCCUCUGGGUUCUGAGUCAGAAGACUUGCAUUGUGUGUGUGUGCAUGUGUGCGUGUGCGUGUGCGUGCGUGCAUGCUUAGGUGUGCUAAACUCACUCCCCUUUAUAUUCCACAGUGUAGUGGUGGGAGUGCAGGGACCACUCUGGGGCCAGUCAUUAGAAAGAGAAAGAAAGAUGGAGAGAGGUAGGAUCAGGAAGGGGAGAGAGAGAGAACGCUAAUGGGGGUGUCUGCUUUAGUGCUCAUUAAAAAAAAAAAAGCGUGUUUUUAAUAGCCAAUAUAAAUGAGCAUACCAUUUUUAUGGCCAUUCAAUUAUUGUCCAUUUAAGAGGAAGGGACUGAGUGGAGUUUUCCUCAGUAACUCAUAUUCAUAUUCGUUCGUAUUAGAGUGUCACCGACUCAGACAAUUUGGACUUUAAAUUAGACUGACUCCACAAAAGCAGGAGUAGCAGGAAGAAGUCAGCUCCAGAUUGCAAAGAAGACGGUGCUGCUCAUGUUCGGCAGAAGAAAUGCAUCCUAGUGUUUUCCAUUGCAGGUCUGAACUUUUGGCCUUCCAGUCUCCUUAAAAUCUACAUUUCAUGAUGUCAUCAUCAUUGUGCUGGGUUCAGAAGUCUGACUCUUUUGUCUUAUGUAAGAUAAGUGCUGAAAAUUUAGGCUAUACUGUCAUCCACUUGGCCAUCUUGGUUCAAUUAUUGUGUCCAACUCCCAUUUUUGGUAUUUUUAUGCUGAUAUUGCAUCUGAACCCAACGUGAGAAGGUCAGCAGGACGAUACAGCAGAAUUACACAAAAUUACAGGGCUGCCCCCAACUAAACAUUUUCCUUGUUGAAUGGUGGUCCUUAGGUUGAGAGUCAACCAGUCAUCAGUUGUCUGUUGUUUUAAUUCCAUUUUUUAAAUAUGUAUUUUAAGGGGAAAUGAUUUGAGCUCCAGGACUGUUACAGAAUGUUGUAAGUGAUAUAGGUGCGACAUUACACAGCAAAACCGUGAUAAGGAACCUUUAAAAUAGCUCAUGCACAAAGCAUGCUGGUAAUAACACUGGUGGCAAAAAUUCUGAUUGCAUCCUUUACGCUUAGCCUCACUAUACACGCUGGGCGAACAGCACCGUACGACAAAGUUGACGUCAAAUUGAUGUCACAUCUGCAGUCGCAGGUUGAAUUUUCCGCAUUUCUCGAUUUCUGUAACCUGGCGUUGCGGCGUUGAAGACAUGGGUG